AUGUCGUGGAUGAAAGGUGAUUUACUUUCCAAAACCAGGAGGCUUGUUGGUGGCUUAGCUACACGAGAGCCUGUUUGGCUUAAAGCCAUGGAAGCAUCACCACCUCCUGUGUUUCCUCGCUCCAAUGGAAAAAUCCAGAAGAUUGUUCUCCCUGAGGAUCCUUACGUUCGUAAAUUCGCUAAUAAGCAUCCUGGAACCAAAAUUGAUGACCCUGCCAAGAUAUCAGCAUUUAUUCCAGAUCAAGCACGUGUGUAUGGUUGCCGGGUACUUGAAUUGAAGGAGCAUGGCAUCAGUGAGGGUGACGCCAUGUCUGUAGCUAAUAUGGAAUAUCUUUCAGAGAGAAAGGAAAUGAAGAAAGCAUACAAACGCUUAAAGGAGCUUGCGGUAAUGCAAGAUAAGGAUCCACCUCCUAAACCGUAUCCUAGUGCCAAGAAAGGGUUAAUAACUCAAUCGAAGACAUCCGCUAAGGAUCGCUUCCAGACUCCUAGCGUCCGCAGGCUAGUUAACCAGUUGAAAAAUGAGAAAGAUGUGUUGCUGCAAGACAGAACCGGAGGAAGUGCUAAUCAGGAUAAUUGGAUCGACGAAUAAAUUACUCAAAAUCAUCGUUUUCUUUUUAUGCACACUACUCAUCCAAUUUCUUUGUAGAACUGGCUUUUUUCAUAUAUGACAUUCUUUGACUACAAAUGUUUUGCAACAAAACAAGUGUUAUUUCCAUUUGAAUGUCUUUGUAAUAAUAUCAUUGGAUGUUUCCUUCCAUGAGGCAAGGAAUUACAGAAAACCAAAAUGGUUACUCUCUCUAUUGAUCCUAC